AUGAUUCGUGCCAUACUUAUUAUUAAUAACCAUGGAAAACCAAGAUUAAUAAAGUUUUAUGAGCACUAUAGUGAAGAUGAACAACAGAAAAUUGUCAAAGAAGUUUUUCAUUUGGUCUCUAGAAGAGAUGAUGAUGUUUGUAAUUUUUUAGAAGGUGGCACACUAGUCGGUGGACAAGAUUAUAGAUUAAUUUAUCGUCAUUAUGCAACAUUGUAUUUUGUAUUUUGUGUUGAUUCAUCUGAAAGUGAACUUGGCAUAUUGGAUUUAAUUCAAGUAUUUGUUGAAGCAUUAGAUAAAUGUUUUGAGAAUGUUUGUGAACUUGAUUUAAUUUUUCAUGUAGAUAAGGUACACUACAUACUAAAUGAACUUGUAUUAGGUGGAAUGGUAUUAGAAACUCAUAUUAAUGAAAUUACUCAUAGAUAUGAAGAACAACAAAAACUAGAGAAACAAGAGUCUGGAUUAUCCGGAGCGCCAGCUCGGGCUGUUUCAGCAAUGCGUGAUUUAAAUCUUCAUCAGAAAUUCAAGGAGAUACGUUUUCCAGAUUUACAAUCAUUGCAAAACAGACUAUCACGUUGA